AUGGUUAUGAACGAUGAUACUCUUCAAAAUGUUGCAUUUGCUCCACAUAUAUUAAGUCCAAGUGUGUUCUUAAUCUACGAAGUCGAUUCAGAAGACUUUGGAGAAUAUAUCGAUUCAAGAUUUUCUCUUGUCACAUUGAACAAUAAAUCAUAUAUAGUGAUGUAUGUUUCAAACGAAACUGCAUAUGUCAAUGAUGCAUUACAAUCAGUAUUGAAAAGUUUUCCAGCGAUCAAUGUAUACACAACUAUUAAUUAUACAAAUACAUUAAGUCGUCAAGCAUUAUCUGAAUCCCUUCCUAAUCCAUUAUUUGCUUCUAUCUGUGGACCAUAUACAAUUCAACCUUAUAAAUGUUAUCAAUUGAGUACAGAUAGUUAUUUUUCAUUAAAUAAUCAGAGUAAAAUAUUUGAUUUUUAUUCUUUUGUAUUAAAUCCACCCACUAAUACGUUGGUAACAGUAAACUUAACAAUUGAAUUUAAUCCAAGUGAAAAAGUCGAUUAUACUGAUUCGUCAAGCAUAGCUGGUAUUUACUUAAAUCCAAUAAACAACAUCGAUGAAACUCAAUCAAUGUAUCAGUAUGGACAGCCAUGUCCGGUCAAUGAAAUUGAACCAGUGUUUAGAGCUCAUUUAUAUAAUUUCUUUUACACUGAUUUAUAUCAAUGUACAGUUAAGAAUCUACAAUCAAAUUAUCUAACAACUAUCAUUGGAAACAUCAAGGGUUUAAAUGAAAAUAAACCUACAUGGUGUUUCUAUGCACCUUAUCAUUUUUAUAAAACUACAAAUGCUAAACCUAUUAUUUUAAAUUGA